AUGGCUUCUCACUCGCUGAGUUGCAGCGUCCAAGUUGUGGUGUCAUUGAUCAUCUUUUCUUCUCUUCUACUCGCUCAUCAUGUCUCUUCUUUUGAGUUCCAAGUUGGUGACAAGAACGGUUGGGGCGUUCCUCCUGCAAAUGACAGCAAAAUCUACAACACCUGGGCCUCUCACAACAGAUUCAAGGUUGGCGACACCAUCUGUUUCAAGUACAGGAAGGAUUCUGUAAUGCAGGUGAAUGUGGAAGGAUAUAAGAACUGUAACUCCACACGCCCCAAUUUCUUCUCCAACACUGGGAACACAAUUUUCAAUCUCGACCACGCUGGACUUUUCUACUUCAUCAGCGGAGCAGCCGGUCACUGCGAGAGAGGACAAAGAAUGAUCGUAAGGGUGCUGGCACACGAGGACUCUCUGUCGGGUACUGGUGGGGGUGGGGGUGGGGGUGGCAGUUCUUCGGGUUCCAGAGUAGCAGUUUUAUCAUAUGGAGUCGCCAAAUUAGUCAUUGUUCAGCUUGUUUUAUCAUAUACCGUUUCCUAUAUCUUCUAG